AUGGGGAUUAUAUGCAGUAGCCAGCCCACCACUGUUGAUGCCAUUAACUCACAGUAUUACCUCAACAAGGUCCUCAGGCGCGUCAACGGCAACAGCGACUGCCAGCGCUCCCUCACCUUCAAGAAGGACUUGCACACCCUCAUCACUCCCUCUCCCGCCUUCCACCUCAAGCCAGAAGGAUAUGAGAUCGAAGUCAACGCCAACGGCAUCUUCAUCUCCUACGCUGACUACUCCGGCUACGUCUAUGCGCUCGAGUCACUCUCGCAACUCAUCAAGCAGAACCGCAUCCCCUUCGUCAAGAUCCAGGAUCAACCUCUCCUCGAGUACAGAGGCAUCAUGAUCGAUUCUGCACGUCACUUCCUCGGAGUAGCAGCUAUCAAGCGGCUCAUCGAGUCUAUGCCUCUUUCCAAGCUCAAUAUCUUGCACUGGCACUUGGUCGAUGACGAGUCCUUCCCCAUCAAGUUAGGAUCUCACCCCGAGCUUUCCGAGAACAGCAGGUACGGAGCCAAGCAGAUCUACACUCCCGACGAUGUGAGAGCCCUCAUCAAGGUGGCUGACCUCAACGCCGUCAAGAUCAUCCCCGAAAUCGACACUCCCGCCCACGUUCGCUCCUGGGGACUCGCACCAGAGUGGAAGGCCAAGAACAUCACCAUCAAGUGUAACGGCGGAACCGGCUACAAUGGCCAGUUCGAUCUCUCCAAGCCAGAAGUCUUCGGACUCGCCCAAGAUGUUGUCAAAGAGAUUGAUGCACUCUUCAAGGAUUCGCCCUACAUCCAUCUAGGAGGCGAUGAGGUGUCUUCAGCCUGCUGGAACCUGCGUCCUGAGAUCCAGAACUUCAUGAAGCUGAAGAACAUCAAGACCUACGGUGAGCUGCAGAUGUACUGGCGUUUCCAGCUCAAGCAGGUGCUUCCCGCCAACCGCAAAGUCAUCUUCUGGAGAAAUGAUGCACAGAAUGUCACUACCUCCGCCGAUGACGUCCUCCACUACUGGGGUGCCCAGACUGACGGACAAGGCAACCUUUGGCUCAACGGCACUCAGGGCACCUACAGCGUCUGGAGACAAAUCUACGAGAACUUCGUCGUCUUCCCCACCGGAGUCGACAAGAACAGGAUCCUCGGCGCUGAAGUUUGCCUCUGGGGUGAAGUCUCCAACGAGGACACCCUUGAGAACAACUUGUGGAUGCGUUCCUCCGCCUUUGCCGGCAGAGUGUGGAGCUCGACCAUUCUGAAGACCCACGAGCUGGUGGGCAACCUGGUGGCCAUCCAAUAUGCCCUCUAUGACAUGAACGUCGACGCCUCCCCCGUCACCAGUGAGUUUUGCGAGCACAAGCCCGAGAUGUGCUGGCCUCCCGCACAGGCAGAGCAGAAGAAGGAAGAAGCGAUCGUGACUGAAGUUUGA